CGCUGUUUCACAUCGUCUGCUCGUGCGUGCUUAACAAUGGAGGGCGAAGAAGAGCGCCUCCAUUUCGGUGUAACACCAGCAGCACGGUGAUCACUUUAACGGACCUCCAUCACUUCCCGUCUCACCGGGAGAACCGCGACGCACAAUCCGCCAGAGAAGCGUCCUCAAGUUGACCAGGAUCGACGCGGAUAAAACCCUUUUUUUCUUCAAUAGAGUCCUUCACACUUUUCUUUUGGGUUCUUUUUUGUUUCCGUUUCUUUUCUCCGGAGAAACAAGAAGUGAAUCGUUCUUCACUUCCUGGUUUCAUCGCCUCGCUUCCAUUUUGCAGAAUGAGGUCGUGCUUCGUGCUUCUCUUUGCUUCUCUGCUGACAUCAUGUGAAGCACAAGGAACCAUUGAGACUCCUGUGUUUGUGCUGAAGGGACGUGAUCUGCUCCUGAAGCUUCAUGAUGAUCCUCCUGAGGGGGUUUUAUUUGUUGAAUGGAAAUUCAAUAAAACAGUCACUUUAGUAAGAUUUGAACCUAGUGGAAAAGCAACUGUCACUGAAAGGUUUGAGUUGGGUGGGAAUAAAUUCUCUGUGAUAUUGAAGAAUCUCCAAGAAGCCGACAGUGGAGUUUAUUCUGCUGUAGCAGGAACAUCUACAGUAGACAAACUACUAGCUGAAUACAAGGUCACAGUUCAAGGACCAGUGUCUCCAGUUGAACUGAUCGUGGACCGAGUGGACUCCAGCAGCUCAGAGUCAUGUGACCUCCAUGUGACCUGCAGGACUCACCACUCUCACAUCAGCAGCACUUUCAGAUGUGUCGACCGGACCUGCAGUCAGGAGGGAGGAGAGCAAUCAGAGGUCACGACCUCUGGGGCUUCUCUCCAGGUCUACCUGCUGAACAACGUGAUCAUCUGUGACCAUAGAAACAAGGUUCAUUGGACCCAGGACUUGAUUCAUGCUGAACAUCUUUGUCCCUCAAAACCUGAUCCUCCCUCUGGCUGGAUGAUUGCUACUUGCAUUCUCAUUGCCUUCAUGUUUGUGGGUCUAAUUGUCUGGCUUCAUCGUCAAAGGAGAAGAAUCAGUGAUGGAAGGAGAUUAAUAGAACAUAUUCAGAAUGCCGCUCAGAAAUCAGAACUACAUCGGAUGUUGACCAUAGCAGACGCUCCAGAAAUAAGAAGAGAAUUUAAAGAUCUUGUUCGUAAGGUUCUUCUGGAGUUCACAUCAGCACCACGUCAGGAUGAGAGACCAGAAGACCCCGAUUCAGAAAUAAGAAGAGAAUUUAAAGAUCUUGUUCGUAAGGUUCUUCUGAGAAUAACAUCAGCACCACGUCAGGAUGAGAGCCCAGCAGACCCCGAUUCAGAUUUAAGAAGAAGAUUUGAAGAUCUUGUUUCUUCAGUUAUUCUGAGAUUAACAUCAGAACCACCUCAGAUGUUGAGCCCAGCAGACGCUUCAGGUGUAGGAAGAAGAUUUAAAGUUCUUGUUCAUGAAGCUCUUCUGAGAGCAGCACUACAUCAGGUGUUUAGACCAGAAGACAUCAAUCCAGAUUUAGGAAAAAGAUUUGAAAAUCUUGUUUCUUCAGUUCUUCAGGAGUUCACAUCAGCACCACGUCAGGAUGAGAGCCCAGAAGACCCCGAUUCAGGUGUAGGAAGAAGAUUUGAAGAUCUUGUUUCUUCAGUUAUUCUGAGAUCAACACCAGAUCAGAAGUUGAGCCCAGCAGACGAUUCAGAUUUAGGAAGAAGAUUUGAAAAUCUUGUUUCUUCAGUUCUUCAGGAAGAACUUAAACGUCAGUUCCUCGAUCAUCUCAACAAGAAAAAGGCUUCGAGGGAGAAGAUGGCAAAACUUGCACGUCAGUUGCUGGAUGAACUCAACAAGAAAGUGCCUUCGAGGGAGGAGAUGGAAGAACUUGAACGUCUGUUGCUGGAUCAUCUCACCAAGAAAGCGGCUUUGGGGGAGGAGAUGACAAAUCUUGAACUUCAGUUGCUGGAUCAUCUCAACAAGAAAAAGGCUUCGGGGGAGAAGAUGAUGGCAGAACUUGAACUUCUGAAUGUGAGACCUGCAUCUCCUCCAGCUUUGUGAAACCUGACGCUGGAUCGAUUCAGCCAGAAAGCGGCUUUGGGCGAGAAGAUUCUCUUUAACAAUCAAAUCCCAGAAUUCUGCUGGUAGUUUGCAGCCUCAUUGAAGCUUUUUAUGUUUUGGUUCAUGUUACCUGCUUUAAUGCUGAAAGAAUCUCUUCUACACAAGUGUGAUGUUGGAGUGAGAUUAACAAACAAUGAUUAAAUGUUACUAAGCUUCACACUUUUUUUUUAAGCAUCACAAUUGGAGAUACUAAUAUUUUACAUUUAAGGUCAUUGUAUAAAAAGUAAGAAAUAUGUUUUAACUGUGCUGAAUGUGCGAAACCAAUUUUUUUUUGUAAAUAUGUUUCCAUGUUGUAUUUAGUCAUUAUACAUUAUGACGCUUUAACAAGUUUCCACCCAAAACCAAACCUGCUAAAAGAAUAAUGUACAAGUAAAUACUGUACAUGCAAGCAGACAAAUAUGCAAUGUGCAUUUUUUCCAUUCUAAAUAGGACCAUAUGUAGUAUUAUAUGGUGUAUUUAAGAUUAUUUGCUUACAUAUAAUCUAUAUUAUACAUUCAAGAAAACAUCUACCAAAACAAUUUAUAUUGUCUUGUGUGAUAUUUUGUCUAUAAAUCAAUGGAUUUUCAUCAUUUGUUUUAAAGGUGAACUAUGAAGGUUUUCUUGUAAAAAAAACACAAUGUUUACCUGAAGUUUUUUUCUUGCCAAAAUGCAUCUUUGAGUCCACGUUCCUUCACCAGGAAAUAUCAUGUGAAUAGUAGAUUACUUGACCUGAUCAUCAAAGUUCAACUUAUAGAAAUAAUCAUCAACGUAUGAAAAAAUGUAUUUCCAUUGCAUUACAGUUUUAUUAUUAUUGAAUAUGAUUUUUAAUAAACUUUUCUUCUCCAAACA